AAUGUGUUAAUAUUAGUUUGAUCAUGUAUUAGUCUCCAACUUAGCUGAAUGGAAAACAAAAGGAAAAUAACACUGCUUAAAGCAAGAGGAGUUAGUCAAAAUGGAAGGGACAUGGAAGAGGCGCCGCCGCACUUUCCCUUAUUUUUGAAUUCUCUGAAAUGUGAUAUCCCAUAGCAAACAAAAAUUGGAAAAAAGUACUCGUAUACAUACCAAGUGUUGACCCAUUUCCUGUUCUAUCUCGAUCGCUUUCAGAUGGCGAAAAACCCAUUCGUAUUUCCCUCUACAUUUUCCGAUUCCCAAUCACCAAGACAAUCAUCGUCCUCUUCUCCGUCGCUAUCUUUUGAUUCAUAUUCUUCAUCAUCUUCUGAUCCAAGUGUAAAUUCUCCUUUUCUGUCUUCUCAUCAUCAAAGUCUUUCCUUACAGCCUUCCCAAACUUCUUCCAGCCGUUCCGGCCUUCCAUCUGCGGCUUUCCUCGGAUCUUGCGCCGCCCGCAAAAUCCUUCGCCGGCCAUGUAACGAUAAGUGUUAUUCAGCUUCCUAUUUUCCUCCAAGUGCAGAAUCGCAUAAUUUCACUGUUGAUAGCGUCUUGGGACUUAGCAAUGUCGAGUUCUUUAUGAAGGAGGGGCGCAAGAUCAGUGUUGGAGAUUGUGCUGUUUUCAAGCCACCGCAGGACUCCCCACCUUUCGUUGGAAUAAUUCGAUCGCUGAUUGUCGGUGAAGUGCUCAAGUUGUGUGUGAAUUGGUUAUAUCGACCUGCUGAAGUGAAGCUUCGCAAAGGCAUCCCUUUGGAAGCUGCACCAAAUGAAGUAUUCUAUUCCUUUCAUAAGGAUGAGAUUCCUGCUGCAUCAUUACUCCAUCCGUGUAAAGUUUCAUUUCUCCCAAAAGGUGUUGAACUUCCAUCAGGGAUUUGCUCUUUUGUGUGCCGGCGAGUUUACGACAUUCAAUACAAGUGUUUUUUCUGGCUAACUGACCAAGAUAAUAUUAAUGAACGUCAAGAAGAAGUAGAUCAGCUAUUAUACAAGACACGCAUAGAAAUGCAUUCAUCUGUGGAACCAGCGGGACAUUCACCUAAGCCAGUGAAUGGUUCAACAUCAACAUCACAGCUAAAACUUGGGUCGGAUGAUGUACACAGCGGUGCCUCAUCCUUUGCUUCUAUUUAGAUGACUAUGAUUGUAUUUCAAAACUAGCUACUCAAAGAUAUUUUAUAUUAAUUCUAGCCUAAAAUCUAGUCGAUUUAAUAUCUGGUUUGUAGUAUUCUAGAUUUUAUUGUAUUAUUUUUUGUAAA